AUGCUCCGUCAGUCGUCCAUUUUCUCGCUGAAUUCAGUGAGAAAAUUGUCAAGAUCAAGUCAAAGAUCAAAGGAUGUUAAGGUAAUAACUUUUAAAUCUAUAUGGUGAAGGAAUGAGUCGUAUCUCGGGAUUGUUUUUUAUUUUUUUGGGUUGUGAUUUCGCUAACUUGACGCGCCGGUCACGUUGUCAAGUUGCCGUCAUUUUAUCAUGUUAGAUAAUGCUCUCAUUUUGAUUGUCAAAUUGAAAUAAGCAGUAAAACUAGCUACGACUGAUGUAAUAUUAACGGUAUUAAUCGUAGUCUAUUCUAAAUUCGCAUGUGAUGAAUGCCGCGUAUAUCAGAAUUUUCAAUUUACAGGGGAAGUACCCCAAGUGCGACGCUUAGAUUUUGAUGAAACUUGGCACAAAUUUAGAAUAAUUUUUUCCAAGAAAUAUGCGAGAAUCCUAGCUCGCGCUUUGCAGAAACAACCGAAUUUUUAGAUCGAAAGUCGGCGAAAAUUUGACACUUCUUGCCGAAUUUCGGCACGAAAAGUUUCAUACAUUUAGCUAAAACUUUCAGGAAUUGAUAUUUAGUCCAUGCCCGACGUGUGUGCAAAAUCUAAAAAAAUCUGAGCGUCGCACUUGGGGUACCUGUUAGCCAAAAUGGCAGCGACUUGUAAAAUUAACAACCUCAUUAUGUUUAUUUUUUCAGGAGGCUUUAAUUCUCGGAGCUGUCAGAACCCCUGUGGGAUCUUUCCGGUCUUCUUUGGCAUCCCUGAGUGCCCCUGAAUUGGGUUCGGUUGCCAUUAAGGGAGUUUUGGAGAAGACCAAAGUGCCAGCUGAACAAGUUCAAGAGGUCAGUGUUCGCCGCGACGUCUACUUUGUUUUAGAUCUUUUUUGGGAAUGUUCUGCAGGCCAAUGUUGGCCAAGCGCCUGCCCGACAGGCUGUACUCAGAGCAGGUAAUUGAGUUUGACUCGUUUGAGCAUUAUGUGAUUUAAUUUUUUCAUUCUUAAUGUUGCUGAUAUUCUUAGGCCUGUCGCCGUCGACUGCCGUCACCACCGUCAACAAAGUCUGUUCGUCUGGGUUGAAAUCGAUUAUGUUGGCCGCUCAACAAAUUCAAUUAGAUCAUCAAAAACUGUGUAUCGGAGGUGGAAUGGAAAGCAUGAGCAAUGCUCCUUUCUACAUUAGUCGGAAUGAACCCACUUAUGGUGGCUUCAAAGCUGAAGAUAGUAUCCUAAAAGAUGGUCUAACUGAUGCUUUUGAUGGGAUUCAUAUGGGAAGUUGUGGCGAGAAAACGUCCAGAGAACAGAAGAUCUCAAGGAAAGAACAGGAUGAUUACGCCAUCAGAAGUUACACAUUGGCCUCCGAAUCUUGGGAGGUCGGUAAAUUGUUUUAUAUUCUCAAAGUGGCACCCUUCCUACAUUAAUUUUCUAAUGGUCAUUUUAGAAGGGUGUUUAUGACAACGAAGUUAUUCCCGUCACAAUUAAAACCAAGAAAGGCGACGUCGUUGUUUCCAGGGACGAGGAAUACCCAAGAGUUAACUUUGAUAAACUCAGAACUCUUCGGACAGUGUUCCAGAAAGGUAAGUUUUGAUUUUAGUACUAUUGUGUUGUUUAGAGAAUGGACAUAUCACGGCAGGAAAUGCCCCUAGCAUUAACGAUGGAGCUUGUGCCGUUCUUCUUUCGAGUGCUGAAAAGGCUGCUGAAUUAGGAAUCAAGCCUUUAGCGAAGGUGGUCACUUAUGGAGACGCGGCGGUCACACCGUUGGACUUUGCUCUGGCUCCAGGACUUGUCAUCCCGAAGGUAGUUUUAUGCGAAUUCGCCAAUUGUGAUAUUGCUUGUGUUUAGAUGUUGAAACAAGCUGGAUUACAAGUGGAGGACAUCUCUCUGUUCGAGAUCAACGAGGCUUUCUCGGUAGUUGCUCUCGCUACUAUCAAGACUCUGGGUCUGGACAUCAAUAAGGUCAAUGUUCACGGAGGAGCAGUUGCUCUUGGACAUCCGAUUGGGUAAGUGUUAGGUAAUAGUAUUGCAUUUAAAAUCCAGGAUGUCCGGAGCCCGCAUCCUCACCCAUCUGGUCCAUAAUCUUAAAACCGGUCAAUUUGGAGCCGCAGCGAUCUGUAACGGCGGAGGUGGUGCUAGUGGAAUGAUUAUCCAGAAACUGUAG